AUGGGAGACUGCUGCAAGACUGGCUUCCGUUGGAAAGUAAGCACAUUCGAGGGCAAGGAGACCAAGAUCGCCGGGCUCGACACCUAUGUGGUCGGAAACAACAAGGAUGUAGCUAUCCUGAUCAUCCACGACAUUCUCGGCUGGACUUCGCCCAAUCUGCGACUACUCGCAGAUCACUACGCGCCAGAGAUCAAAGCCACGGUGUACUUGGUCGACUUCUACGGCGGCGAGAUCGUCGAUCCCUUGACGAUGCGAGACCCUGAGAAACUCAAGAGGUUCGACGUGGGGGCUUUCCUUGGUCGCCAUAAUAAGGCGACCAGGGGCCCUGAAAUUUUCGCCGCCGCCAAAGCAUUGAAGGGCGAACUUGGUUAUAAGAAAGUCGGGGCCCUUGGGUUCUGCUAUGGAGGUUGGGCAGCCUUUCAGCUAGGAGCUAAAGGCAAUGACUUGGUGGAUGCUAUUUCUACAGGUCAUCCCUCGAUGCUCGAAGAGUCGGAAGUCGAUAACCUUGCCGUUCCAGUUCAGAUACUGGCUCCCCAAAAUGAUCCGAUCUUCACACCCGAGCUCAAGGCCUAUUGCAAUAAGGUCAUCCCGCAGCUCAACAUCGAAUACGACUAUCAAUAUUUCCCAGGCCUAGCCCACGGCUUUGCUACACGAGGUGAUCCGAACAACCUGGUCCAGAAGAAGGGGCUGGAACGAGCCAAGGACGCUGUUGUUUUCUGGUUCUUACAGCACUUGCACAAUUAA